CCCAUAGCGCCUCUUUUAAUAAACUUCUUGCUGAGGCACUUGAACAACUUGAGCCGAAGCCAGACUUGUAUAAACGCAGCUGAUGUCUGCGGGCUGAGAGAGGGGGAAAGAGGCGCCCAACCCAUUUCUUUUGUGCUGAAGCGCCUGUGAUUUCAUUCAGCUUUUCCCGGGCUGCUACUAUAAUGGGCUCCCUCGCUUUGAACCGCUCUUGUAUCCGCGACUUGUUUUCUGCUGGUUAAACUAGAGCAAUCUUUUUAGUUGGCAGUAGUUUUGAAGCUUGGGAACUGGCUGAUGAAAUUUCUCGCCGAGCAUCUGGACGGGUCCCAAUGAAAAUGCACGGGAGAAACAGGUACAACCUGGUGGACGAUGUGGCGGAUUCGCGAGUCCCGCUUCACAACGAAGAAGCGUAUCAACACGGAAUACACUUCCAAGCCAAGUAUGUUGGCAGUCUGGACGUCCCAAGACCCAACAGUCGAAUGGAGAUUGUCGCUGCUAUGAGAAGAAUCCGGUUUGAGUUCAAGGCAAAGAACGUGAAGAAGAAGAAAGUGAGCAUAGUGGUUUCCGUAGACGGGGUCAAAGUGGUGCUGCGCAAAAAACCCAAGAGGAAAGAGUGGACGUGGGAUGAGAGCAAGAUGCUGGUUAUGCACGACCCCAUAUACAGGAUCUUCUAUGUAUCCCAUGAUUCUCAGGAUCUGAAGAUUUUCAGCUACAUUGCUCGUGAUGGAUCCAGCAUAUAUUAUUUGAUUAUUUAUUAUAUAACAUAUAUAUUAAGUCAGGCCAUGCGGAUAGUGCGGACGGUCGGUCAGGCGUUUGAGGUGUGCCAUAAGCAGAGUCUGCAGCACGCUGAGCAGAAUGCAGAUGAACAGCCAGACGGCCCUGCAGACGGCCAGAGCGAUCAGUCUGGAGAAGAGCCCAGCCCUGAAGCUCGUCAGCUGACAGGGAUGGAGCACGGAAUGGAUGAUGCCACUGGAACGGAGUCACAUUCCACAAAGCUCAGUGAGCAGGCUAUGGAUGACAUUCUUCAGAGUCUGUCAGAGCUCAACAUGGUGAAACCUUCACAAACCCUCCAGUCUUUACAAGACCUGGAGGGUGUCUCUCUCUACACGCUAUCUCCCAGCAGCCCUUGCUCUCCUACUCACACACCUUUGGCCACCCAACACCACCUGCAGUUACUCCAACAACAGCUGCUACAGCAGCAGCAACAAACACAGAUCGCUGUUGCACAGGUGCAGCUCCUGAAGGAUCAGCUGGCCGCAGAGACGGCUGGCCGCAAGGAGGCGCAGGCCAGAACUCACCAGCUGCUGCUGCAGAACCGAGACUUACUGCAACAUACAGCCCUGCUGGUGAAACACCUCAGCCAACUGGAGAUCAGAGUCAGUGGAGCCACACAGAAAGAAGAAUCCCCAUGGAGUAGCAUGUCCCCUCGUUCUCUCUCUCUCAACCUGAAGAACCUCUACACCCCUCACUCAGACCAGCCCGUCACCUCCACUCCAGCAGGACAGCCAGAAAAUCCUCCUGUUUCCUCCCACGCUGAGUCCUACCUCAAUCUGCUCAACCUGCGUGGUGCUCCCACCAUUACAGCCAAUGGGAAGCCAGCGAGUGCGAGAAGUGAAGCGGGACUGGACGCAGCAAGAAGGGAAGUUGCUAAGCUAGAAACUCGGAAUUCAACAGCACUUGAUGAGAGGUAUAAACAAACCAUCCCUAAACUGGACCCUCCACCUCAGCCCCUGAACCGCAAGCGUUCAAACAGGACUCUCUCUCCGGGUGUCGAAGCAGAGUCAAGAUCUUCAGCUGUAGCCACACCUGUAAAUGGAAACAAACUCACAAACGUAAACAGUAGCUCCUCGUUUCCUGACAUCACGCUAUGCUCCGUUUCACCUGGUGAUUUCUAUUCUCACACCACCGGUAACAGUGUGUCAUGUUCAGCCAGCGAGGAUUCUGGCGUGCGCUCGGAUGACAAAUCCCUUAUAUCCCCCCAAUCCAGAGACGACCCCUCUGAUGACCAGAGCUCUGCGUUCAUCUCCACUUCCAGUACCUGCAGCAGCUUACCUGAGGAUCAUCCAGCUGUGGAUGGAGUGACUCCACCGCAUUCUACCACACCACUGGGAUAUGAGCAAACCAUCCCGUUCUCUUCGCCUGUCAAUGACACCUGCCUUCAUAUAAGCCUAAGCGAAGAUGAGUUUCUAGAGGACAGCACCUAUAAUGUCGCCACCCCAUGCAGGAGUUAGAAUCCCACACAAAAUAUGUGAGAAAUCAGAAUGAUAAUAACUCCACAGUAUUGAACAAACAUAAAGAAGAAAGGAGGCAUAUUUGACAACUGAUCUGUGUAAUAUUAGCCACAAACUCACACUGAUGUUAUGCUGCAUAUUAUUUUUUCGACUCCUUUUACCAGUUUUUUCCACUCCUUGUUUCGAUCAAUGACUCGCCAUUUUUUUUUACCAUGCCCUCAAAUAAUUUUAUCUAUAAAAUUUGCUGAAAGAAUAUUUAGUAUGAUACAGAGUAGACUACUAUUGACAGAUGGAUAGAGUGUAUUUUUUUAGAUUGAAAUGAAUAGUUAUUUUUAGCAAUGAAUGAAAUGCAUUGGCUCCCACUAAACUGAAUAGGAACUGCUUCUGUUAGUGCUGCCGAUGUGUUUUUAUAUUAUAAGUUCAGUCUAUUUUUUUUUUAUUGGUGCAAAUUGAUUUAUAUAUUGUUUGAAUGUUAUUUGGAUGCUAAAGAGCAGUUAUGUAGCAAAGAAAUGCAGAAGUAUGUUAUGACUGGUGAGAAAUAGAUGAGAAACAUAUAGAAAUAUGAAGAAAUUGAGGUGGAAAAAAACUUUCUUGCAGGAAUUCACAAACUGUGCACAUUUUGUUUCAUACAGUAAGCUGUGUGACUGAAUAGCUAAGUAUGGCAGCUUGAAUGGAUAGAUGACUGCAGACAAAUAAGGGACUUGAUUAUGUCUAGACAUCUUGAAGGGCUGAACCUCUCUGAUUUUAAUGCUUCACCAAUCAAGGUAAAAUGAGGGAAGAUCAUUAUCACCUUUUCUAGGUGGAAAGGCUGCAAAGAAAAAAAACAGUAGUAGAGGAAAGUAGAGGUGUUGCAUUAGUAAUAAAUGCAAUAAUUUUCACAUCCUGUGAAUGUGUACUCACUGCACAGAUCUCACUGCUUUUCUCAGUUAACUAGUGUCACACUGUUGUCCUUAUGAUCCCUUCUUCAAAUAAACCACCAGAUUAUCUACUUAGGAAUUUAAAACAAAAUUGAGCAUUCAUAGUAAAGCAAGUCCAAGUGUUACCUAUCAUUCCCAGUUCUCUGAAUCAGUUCAACUCUCAAUGCUUUUUCUUAAUAUUGAAACAGUAUCUCAUCUAAAUCAAACACACAGAAGAAGUAUUAUAAAUAUAUAUUGACUACAGAUCAUGGUCAGCUGCUUUAUUUUAAACAGACUGGAACACUCAAGACGUCAAUGACCUAAAACUAUGAAAUAAGUGUGCUAGUUGUUGAAAAAAACAAACAGUUUUUCAUGGUUUCACAUUGAGACAUGCAUUUCACAGAGCCAUGGAUUUGUGUAUCACACAAAAGCAUAAUGUAUCAGGGUGAAUAAUAAUGAAAAGAGUCAAAUUAGACAAGGGUUGGACAGAAGGAAGAACUGAAGGGAUUCAUGUCAUUUUGAAAGCAAUGGUGUGAGCAGGUGCUUUUAGCUGAUAUGGGUUAGCAUGACACUUUGUGACAAAAAGGGAAGGAGAAAGAAAGAAGAUGGAAGUAGAGGAAGGAGAUGAAAAAGAAACAAAUAAAUGGUGUUUUACCUGUAUUGUUCAAAUUUAAAAGAAGCAGUUGUGGCAAUAAAAGUGGACUAAAAUGCA